CAUUCUCUGCUGCUGCUGCUACUGCUGAGCUGCUUUUAUUACACCCAUGGCUUCUCAAUCGUCUUCUCCUCCUCCUCCUCUUCUUCUUCUUCUUCCUUAUGUUGUAGUGCUUUCUACAGCCAUUGCUGCUGGUACAGCCUCUUCUUCCUCCUCUGACCAGGAUUGGAACAGGGCACAUGCUACCUUUUAUGGUGGAAGUGAUGCUUCAGGAACAAUGGGUGGUGCUUGUGGAUAUGGAAACCUGUACUCGACUGGCUAUGGAACGACGACAGCAGCACUGAGCACGGCUUUGUUUAACGAUGGAGCGUCCUGCGGGCAAUGCUUUACGAUAAAGUGCGACGCAGAGAUGGAUCCAAAAUGGUGCCUGCCGGGGAAGUCUGUGACCAUCACGGCCACCAACUUCUGCCCACCGAAUUAUGCGCUUCCAAACGACAACGGAGGGUGGUGCAACCCUCCCCUCCAGCAUUUCGACAUGGCCCAGCCUGCUUGGGAGCAGAUCGCCAUUUACAGAGGAGGCAUUGUCCCUGUUCUUUUCCAGAGGGUUCCUUGUGUGAAAACAGGAGGCGUUCGGUUCACCGUCAAUGGCCGGUCCUAUUUCGAGCUUGUCUUGAUCAGUAAUGUCGGUGGCGCAGGCUCGAUCUCGGCCGUGUCCAUCAAGGGCUCAAACGGGAACUGGCAACCCAUGUCAAGGAACUGGGGUGCAAAUUGGCAGAGCAAUUCCUACCUCAAUGGACAGUCACUCUCCUUCAGAGUCACCAUUAGUGAUGGCACCACCCUCGUCUUCUCAGACAUUGUACCUAGCGAUUGGCAGUUUGGACAGACCUUCACCAGCUCUCUCCAGUUCUGAUUUCUCAACUUAUAAGUUUUGAUCUUCCCUUUCCAUGAGGAAUUGGCUGUGGCGUGCUUCGAUCUUUUGCCAAGAGCAGCCCGCUAACCGAUUGUGUGUAUUGAAGUGGUAGCAGUAGCAGCAGCAGCAAACAUGCAUAUUAAGAGUUCAUGUAUUUGUUCAUGAUUCUGUGUCUAACAUGUCCUUUUUGAACUCAACGUUGAAUGCAAUGCUUUUGUCGGCUUCAACUUCUGAAUCUGUUUUAUUCUCAGGUUCUUAAGGAACAUGUUGAAGUGUUGUUAAUCCAUGAACAGUAUGCAAUUUCUUCAUUGUAUGUAAUAUAUGAGUGUGGCUUUCCUUCCAUUUAUAUGUGAAGUAUGAUCUUGGCGUUGUUA